AUGAGCGUUCCAACCCCAGUCUGGUUCAUCACAGCAGCUUCAAGCGGCUUCGGUAAAUGCUUGGCCCUCGAAGCCCUGGCGAGAGGCCACAAGGUCAUUGCCAGCGCUAGAAGUCUCUCUCGCAUCGCCGAACUUAAAGAUGCAGGCGCCGACACCGUGGUUUUGGACGUCACAUCACCGUUGGAGGAGCUUGAGAGGGUAGCAAAAGAAGCCAACGACAAAUAUGGAUAUAUCACCCAUCUUGCCAAUGUUGCGGGCUACGUGCUCGUAGGCGCUGUAGAAGAAACCUCCCCGGAACAAGAUCUCAAAAUCUUUACUACGAACGUGCUCGGUACCCUCAAUGUUGUCAAAGCCUUCCUACCCCAUCUACGUGCCACAUCCGGCCAUCGAACCAUUUCAAACUUUGGAUCGGUGGUAUCUUGGCAAGGCGGCGCGGGCUACGCUCUAUACGCGGGAACGAAGUGGGCUGUAUCGGGCAUCACGGAAGGACUGCGCGCAGAGCUCGCUCCCCUUGGUAUCCCUGUUACCGUCAUUGAGCCAGGCUACUAUCGUACCGCUGUUCUUGCAGAGGGAGUGCAAGUACAGAGCGAAAAGCAUAUCGAUGUGUAUGAGGAUGGCGACGUGGGAGAGCUGAGGAAAUGGCUGGAAGGGAAACAUGGCACCCAGAGAGGGGAUACUGCGAAAGCUUGUCGGGUUAUAGUCGAUGUGUUGACUAUGAGUGGGUGUGCUGAAGGAAAAGAGAUACCGAUAAGAGUGGUAUUAGGAGAAGAUGCGCAUCAAGUGAUUAGGGAGAAGUGCGAGAGCACCUUGAAGCUGUUGGACGAAUGGGAGGGUGCUGCGACCAACACUGAUUUUGAUUGA